GUCGAUUCAGUCGUUUGACAAACGAGGUAGGCGACGCACGAGAAGAUCCCCACAGAGCCGUUGAUAUACUGAUUGCAUAUUGUGUGUGUGUGACACAGAGAAGAAAAAACAACUUUUAAUUUCAUUGCCAAUUGGGUUUUGAUCAUUUCAUUCAUCAUUUUUUAUGUAAUUCAACUCAAUUGAUAUUUUUCUAUCGAAUGAAACGACAUUAAUUGGUAGCUGAAUUGAAUUGAAAUGGCUACAAGUGUUGAAUUGGAUCCUGUAUUCCGGCAAGCGUUAAAAUUUUUACAUUCGUCGAGUGCGGAUGCGGCCGAGAAUAUACGCAAAGCACUCGAUGACGUGAUCAAACAAAAGCAUGGCCCAAAUAAAAUGUUGAUUAAUACAUUGAGCAAAAAAUAUAUAGCUGAGGAAAGUAAGGCGACAGGAAGUGGUGUUGUUAAAACGGCUUCGGUACGACGUUCAUCGAACAAAUCAAGUGAUUCAAGUAGUUCGAGUCCAGUGCAAAUUAUUGCAACCACAAAUACAACAUCGACCACCACAGUAAUAACGACCGAUUCAAGUGGUCAAACUCAAGAAAUUCCAGUUAUUAUUUCAUUACCCGAUACAAUGACCAAUGCAACAAUCGCCGCUGUCGAUGACAAUGCAAUGGAUGAAAAUAUACAUAAUAGUUUAUUUGACGAUUUAUCCUGUAUCAUUUGUCGGCGCAUUGAUUUUAGUGCAAAGAAUAGACUGAUUGAGUGUACAAAAUGCAACUCAUUAUACCAUCAAGAAUGUCAUCCACCGCAGUUGAAAGACUCCGAUUUAUCAAAUGGACAAGAGUCAACAUGGUGUUGUAGCAAUUGUAAAGUGAAAAAGUUUAAAACAUCAAGUGGACAUUUGAUCGGUUCACCAAGUAAAUCGAACAAUUCGUCAUCGCCAACAUCUUCGAAUUCGUCAAAUUCUGAUGUUAUAAUAACAGGUACAUCAAGCGGUACCUUUGGAAGUCAUUCAUCAUCGAGUGGCUCGAAAAAAGAGAAAGAACAUAGUUCGUCGUCAUCAAGUAAAUCGAAAAGUUCAUCUUCUUCGCGCCACCACUCGCAUCAUCAUCACCAUCAUUCGUCCUCAUCAUCGUCACAUCACUCAUCGAAACAUGAACGAUCCAGCGAACGAAGUUCGGAAAAGAGCAGCAGCAGCAGUGGUGGCAGCAGCAAAAGCUCAUCAAAUUCAAAUAUCCAUACGCCCAACAUUCAUAUCAUAAGCGCCGAUAAACGUUUACAAAACAUGAAAAAGAAAGCAGCCAAAACUCAAGAGUCCAAGAGAAAAAAGUAAAUUACAAUUUGUCAGCAUCUCCGUUUUAUGUUUUUAGUAUUAGAACUUUUUAUAAGCAUUAACUAUAUCAAUUUUGCACGUACAAUUCUGGUCUACAAUUUCAUCACUUUCCCCCCGUUUUUUGUAUAAUUUAUUGCA